AUGGGUUCACAUGAGUUCAAGCUACUUGGAACUCAUGUGGAGCCAUCUGAAAAACUACCGAUUAAUAUCAAAGUUGCACUUGCUAAAAUUCUAGAUGAAUCGAGAAAUAAUAACUCAACGACUAUUGAAUCAUUGAUAUCGAAAUUACAGAAACAUUCUCAUAUCAUACAAUUAUGGGAUGAAUUAAAUAGGUUUUUAUUCUCUAUGGAAAUUUACAAAUCAGAAUUUGAUCGUUCAUAUUUUAAUACAUCUUUUGAUGGUGAAAGUUGGUCUUUCCGUCGAACAUGUAAAAAUAUCAAAGGUGUCAUGGCAAAACUAUGA